CAAUUCAUUAAAUCGCGGUCGUCUGGUCGUUGUUGUCGUUGCUGUCGUGCGGACGUCGUCGCUGCUCUCCCGAUUUAUUGUUAUUGUUUUUGCUUUAAAGCGCUAAAUUUUUUUUAUUUAUCAGCCAAGACACGCAUUUGUUUCAACUGAGCAGGGACACCGCCUACAAUUAAAGCAGCUGCAUCAGCAAGAAUAACAACACGAACUACAACAACGACUCAACGAGCUAGAGUGCCUUGAGUGAACUAUGCAACAAUGUGACCCAAGGCAAAGUACGGCGACAGCAGCAGCAGCAGCAGCAGCACAAGUAGCUGAAAGCAGCGAAAGACCACACAUACAAUAAGCAAAGCACACCGCACUAAGAAGGCGAACAGAAAGACAAGCCAGCAGACAGUGCUUAGCGAAGACAACAACCAACUGUACAACCAAUUGCUGAAUCAAACAAACAAUACAAUACGCCGAGAGCGAGUAGACUGAGCAACGAGAGGUGGCAAAGCAAAGAAGGAGCACGAUAACAACAGCGAGAGCAGUAACGGGAACGAGUUCAGAAACGAGAGCAAGAGAUUAAGGGCGAACGCCAUGCCCAGCACGGCGGGUAGCGCAGCCGGCGUAGGCGUUGGUGCAUUGAUCAACAGCGCCGGGAGCAGCGCUAGCAUGGGCAUCGGGUCUGGAGCCGGCGCUAGCGUUGGCGUUGGCGCCAGCAGCGCAGCAGCAAGUGCCAGUAGCAGUGCUGUGGCCGCAGCCUCGGCUGGCACCUUAAUAGCACAGAGCACGGCAGGCACAAGCGCCGCUAGCGGCACCAUCACCUGGGAUAACAAUGGCACCCUGCGCUCCAUCAAUCCUGGCGACUGGUCCAUCGAACAGUGCCUCAUUUGGCAGCAGCCGCAUCAUCUCUACUUUCAACUAGGCUGGGCCUUUCUAUUUCUAGCCUUUCUGGCACCCCACGGACCUUUUGGUUCACUAUGGAUGCGCGCCACUAUGCUCAUCGGCUGCAUCAUGAUGGGCAUGUAUGGUUACCUGAUUGAGUGCACUCCGGAUGUGGUGCUCUGGUCCGGACUUGGCAUUGGCAUCAACUUUAUCUAUCUAAUUGUAGUGCUCUGUCGACUGCGUCCGGUUCGUUUCGAUCAGGAAAUUGAAGCGAUGUACGUCGCGCUGUUCCAGCCGCUGCACGUGACACGUCAACAAUUUCGCAAGGUGCUCAACUGCAUGAAGGUGAUACGUGGACUCAAAUACCAGGAGGUCUAUGCACAGGAGAAGGUUACCAAAGUUGACAGCCUGUCGCUGGUGCUUAGCGGCAAAUUGGUCGUGUCGCAGCAUCAGCGGGCGCUGCACAUUGUGUUUCCCCAUCAGUUCCUAGACUCGCCAGAGUGGUUUGGCGUUUCGACCGAUGACUACUUUCAGGUGUCUAUUAUGGCCAUGGAGGAGUCGCGCGUGCUUAUCUGGCAUCGGGACAAGCUCAAGCUAUCAAUAAUGGCCGAACCCUUCCUGCAAACUGUAUUUGAUCACAUAUUGGGCCGCGAUGUGGUGAAAAAGCUAAUGCAGGUGACACAGGUGAGCGAGUCGAUAGCAAGCAACGGUUUCCUGCCCUCGGGCGGCUAUGCAGAUGAUGCCGAGGACAAGCCUAUGCUCAUCUUAAAGAAGAGCGUCGAUGUGGGCCAUGGACUGACGGCCCUAAUCAAUCGUCAGCUGCAAGAAGAGCAUGUUCCUUUACUUGGUCGCACGUACAAACACACUAAGCAGCAGCUGCCGCCGAUGCCGCCAGGUGGCGCCAGUUUGGUGGACACCAACGUUGAUCACUACGCCGCCGCCGCUGCUGUAGUUGCUGCUGGUCGACACGAUCGCAGCAGGCAAUCAAAUUGAAAUCGAGUCCUGAUCAAAGCAACUGCACGCCCACACACACACACACACAGACACACACACACACAAACGCAAAGCGCUUGCGAAGCAAUGCUUUAAGGCCUUACCACAAGCAUUGCGCUUCUUUGAAAUAUAGUAAACUUAUACAUAUUACUGUAAAUAAAUGAAUAUAAAAAAACACACGCACACUCAGACCAUACAUAACAGCAUCAACAACAACAACAGCUGCUAGCAUUGAAAAGCAACAAUAGUUGGUAUAUAUAGAGCUCAAGCGAGUUGUGCAACAUCUGUGCAUCCAUCAACAACAUCAUCGAUCAAAAGGUCAUCUAAAAUAUGUUUAUCGAGCAUCUAUCGUCGCCCGUCAAUUAUCGAUUAUCGAUCAUCUAUCAUCGCCAUCGAUCCUCAACUCAACGCACGCACCCGCACUUGAAUGUUUGUUUAAACUUUUGGCAUAGAACACAAAUUCAGAUUCAAAUGCAAUCCCCGUUCGAGUCAGGUAUUCUUGCCAGGUACUUGUCGAAUUUGUGGAUAAAUAGAGUUAUCCUCAAGAUAAACAAUUGAAAAGGCACCAAGAAAAUAUCUAUCCAACAACAAAAUCAAAAACUAUAACAACAAAGGUAUAAUAUUAUAUAUACAAAUGUAACAACCAUCAAUUUAAGGCUGGAGCUAAAGAGCUAUUCUCAUUCAAGCAGAUCUUCAAGUUAUAAAACUCAAGUUAUAAUGUCUCAAUGCGACAAUGCCUACUACGUCGUCACUGCACUAAUCCCUAUUGUAUUUAAAGUUAAUUUUCAAACAUGUACGAGAUUUAGAGCUUUAUGCUAACAGCUUGGCUAUAAUAGUGUGAUAAUUGAUCACAGAUUUCUGAUCAAGCUUCAAGUUUUUUUAGCAAAGCAGAAUUCAUUCACUAAUCAAUAUGUUGUGAUCGUCAACUUUUUGACGGUCGGCUUCUGCUGAUCCACGCUCGGGUAAGCUCUACUGCGCUGGAAGAUAACAUCAUGAAAAAUUGAUUUCAAAUGGUUACGAUCCAAAGAUCGUAGCCAAUUGCUUGGCCAUAUUUGAUUGAUCACUGAUCACUAAUCAGCAAUAAAAAAAUACAAUUUCUAAAAAGUUUCGACUUCCGUUCCACAUUUAAUGGAAAAUUUUUAACUGUGC